ACAAACCCCAAAGAUACAAAAGAGCAGACGGAGCUGCGCUGCCUGGCCGUUUCAAAAUUUGCACUAGCAAAAAUCCAAAUAAAUUAGCCGAGUGCCAGUGAAGUGCGAGUGAGCGUGUCGCAACGCUGAAAAGGUGAAAUUAUUUUUGCAAUCUGCCCCUGGGGGAUUUGAAAUGCAAUAGAAGAGGCUAGAUCCAAAGGCAUUCCAAACGCUGCGAUACAGAUACGAAACCGAGAAACACCGAAUACCGCCACAGUGCACAGUGCAAAAGUGAAAAGGAUUCGGACCCAAGGAUAUACACACACAAAAGUGCCGCAUCCCGUUUUCCCGUGAGUGCAGCCAACACACGUACACACACACACACACACACUCUCGCUCGGCUUUCAACAUGGCGGAUGUCCUGGAGAAAAGCUCGGCGCUGGAUGCUGUGCCAGCACUAGGCGACACCCAUACCCAAUCCCAGGCCCAGUCGCUCCAGCAGCUGCAACAGGAAGCAACGCCACCACAACAGCAACUGCAACAGCAACAGCAACAGCAACAACAGCAGCAGCAGCAGCAGCCGCAGCAGCAGCCACAGAAACCCGCACCAGCGAGGGCCAAUCAGGAGCAGAAAGAGGGUGACAAUGACAGCGGCGUGGAUGAGUCCACUCAGGAGAAGGAUCGCAACGGACCCAAUUCGCCCAGUUCGCCGGUGAAGACGCCCACAUCGACAUCGUCGAAGCCGGGCACGUCGCGCCCACCGAGUGCCACGCCCUCAAACAAAUCGGCACCCAAAUCUCGCAGCGCCUCGAAGAAUCGCUUGCUCCUCAAGACCCCAGAGCCCGAGCCAGUCAAGAAAGUUCCAAUGAACAAGGUACAGGUCGGACAUGCGCCUUCGCCCAACCUGAAGGCGGUUCGCUCCAAAAUCGGAUCCCUGGACAAUGCCACCUACAAGCCGGGCGGUGGCCAUGUUAAGAUCGAGUCCAAGAAGAUCGAAAUCAAGGCGGCUCCCCGCAUCGAGGCCAAGAACGACAAGUACGCGCCCAAGGGCGGCGAGAAGAAGAUAGUAACAACAAAGUUGCAGUGGAACGCGAAGUCGAAAAUCGGCUCGUUGGAGAAUGCCGCCCACAAGCCCGGAGGCGGGGACAAGAAGAUCGAGACCCUGAAGAUGGACUUCAACAACAAGGCCAAGUCGAAGGUCAACUCCAAGGACAACGUAAAGCACCAGCCCGGUGGCGGUGAUAUCAAGGAUAACAACCCCAAGGAUAUCCAAACGCAAAAAAUAGAAAUUAAGGCACAAAGCAAAGUUGGCUCUUUGGAUAAUGUAAAGCACAAGCCCGGUGGCGGUGAAAAGAAGAUUUUCGAUGAUAAGGAUUAUUUGAAAAAUGUUGAACACUCUGUUGCACUGACAACACCACCAACACAGAGUCCACUACCAUCCAUGACGGCUUCUGGCGCUGAUGAAAAUUUAAAUCAACAAAGCUAAAUGCCCGAAAUGCCCGAAAUGCAUGUCGAGCCGAUAUCUUUUCCUUGCAAGCUAAGAUAGCCAAGAUUGAAAGCGAAACGAACAUUGAACCAGCUAAUUUGAAAUGUACUAUCUAAGCAAAAAGCUACACAAAAAGAAAAAGUUAUGCAAUGAUUUCCACACACCCUCACAAUCCAGUAAUAAGACCCGAACAAUUCGAUAGAGGUGCAAGCACGCAGACUGCAGAUGCAGAUGCAGAUUCAUCUCCACCACCACCACCACCCCACAUAGAAGCGGUAUUUGGUAUACAGAUCGAAGUAUAUUGACUAGUUGAGCAAUGCACUCUUUAUCGUCAGAUACAAGACAUAAAUUAUAUAUCUCAAUGUAUUACAAGAACUUCAUAUAUACAUAAAAAAUAUAUAUAUAUAUACAUAAAAGUAUCUAAAUAUUUAAGCAAAUUAUACAAGAUUCGUACGAAGAAAUCGUGUGCUUAGUUGAAAUGUUGAACGACACCUAAUUACACUCGACGUCUAAAUGUUAUACGACUAAGAAAAUGCGACCCUAUGAUAUGUGAACCGUUUAGAUACUUUUGCGACAAACAAAGCCACAUAGAACAGAACAGAACAGUACCGAACCGAACCGAACAGAACAGAUAAUACCACGUAUAAGCAUAUUUUUACUAUUAUUAAUUUGUAUCUUAUUAGUCAAGCGCAUCAUUCUCACGAUUUAUUUACACCCUGUUACAAAAUGUAAGAACAAUGGCAAAAUUUAAGCAUAAUAAACAAACAAAAAACGUUUUUUCAUUUAUUAAA